AUGAUACCCUGGACCACUACGGCACUCGGGGACUCGCCGUGGCUAUUGGUGAUUGGCAAGAAUGGCGAUGGCCAUUUCUAUUAUAAUACCACCACAAGAGAGUCUCAGUGGGAGUUACCACCGUCGCUAGCACCGUUGGUGGGGGUCGAUACCAUCGCCCCCGCCUUUGCCAAAGCGCGUGGCUACGACCAUUAUAGGGUUACUGAGAGGAAUCCCAAAGAGAAAUUGAAACAGGAUAAGCAUGAGGAUGAACUAGUACUGGUGGACAAAGCUGAUGAUGACUCGAUUGAGGAAGGAGUGACUGAGACGGAGGAAACACAGGAGGAAGCGGCACUGCACACUGAUGUGAUCAAUCUGGUACUUACUGAAGUGUUGGGGAAGGAGGAGGUUGCUGAUGAAGACGAGAAUGAACCUCCCGUGAGUGCUACUUCAGGCUUGGUCAGUGGCUACUCCUCCAGCGACGACGACAGUGACGAAGACAAUGAAGACAAUGAAGAAGCAGAACAACUUCCAAAACAACCUGAAGAGGCCGAAACUAAACAAGAACAGGGAAAUGUUGAAGAAGUUGAUGACACGGCUGCCAUCGCUGACUUCUUCGAGCUUUUGGACCGCUUCCAGGCGGACCCUUAUAGUGAGUGGCUGCUCUUUUCCGAGACCCACAUCGAGGCCCUCGCCCUCGAACCCGCCUACUAUGCGGUACCUCCCGAACGCCACCACAAAGUGUUCACUCAGUGGGCAGCCCAGAAGGUUCUGGCAUCGACGAACGCUGCUGAUGACACCCUUGAACUCCCUGAUGAUAUCCAGUAUUUGGAGUAUUUGGGGGACCACAAGCAGGAAAUCAACAAGUGUGCCAGCUACCUGAUGUUCUACAAUCAGCAUACGCAAGAGAUCGAUGCGUUUAACGUGGCUACUCCACAAAAGACGGCAUUGUAUACUAAAAUGUAUGAGAUGCUUAGGGAGUUUCUGGCGUUCUCAAAGCAGUAUAAGCGUGAUAACCCUCAGGGUAACGCCAAAGUCGCCUAUCUUCAGGAAUUUGUCAAUAAAUUGAGUGAUAGUGAUGUGGCUGCUCUUAAUCAGUUGGACUCUGUCUCUUGGGAUGCCAUAGUCCCCAGACUCGUCAGCGGCGAGCUGGGCUUGGUCAGCACACGUUCCCUUCCGGAUUACAAACUGGCUGGCUACGAUGCCAUCCCGUCAAAAGUGGUGGGCAAAGUCCCCGAAUACGACCCCACCGAAAGAUUUGGCGCCUCCCAGCUGAAACGGUUGGCUCCGUUUGCCCAGUACGCCGCAAUGGCAGCGUCAGAAGCCCUUGGCGACGCCCAAUUGACCCCGGACAGUGUCGACCGACUGAGGGUGGGCGUAGCGGUGGGGCUGGGCAUCGGGCUGCUCCAGGACGCCUACGAUAACCUGGUGGGCUACGAAAAUAAAGGCUACCGAGGCGUGUCGCCGCUAUUUGUCCCGAAAUACUUGGCCAAUAUGGCUGGUGGCAAUAUCAGUAUUACCCACGGAUUUGAGGGUCCUUUACACGCCGUGAGCACCGCGUGUGCUACGGGAGCGCAUGCCAUUGGCGACGCCUACAAUUUCAUCACCAUGGGCUACGCUGACGCCAUGGUCUGUGGUGGUUCCGAGGCCCUGAUCCACCCCCUUGCCCUCCUGGCGUUUGCCCGGGCUCGCUCCGUCAAUACUAGAGACGAUAUCGAACCGGAGGCAGCGCUGCGUCCGUUUGACGGUGGUCGGCUGGGGUUUGUUCUCGCUGAAGGCGCUGGCAUAUUGGUGAUUGAGAGCGAAGAUCAUGCUCGUCAGAGAGGGCUCACCGACGACGACUUCUACGGCGAGAUUAUCGGCUACGGGCUUCUGGGCGACGCCCACCACAUCACGGCGCCCAAGGAGGACGGCAGCGGGGCGUUUAGAGCGAUGCUGAUGGCCCUAGAUAGGGCGGGGCUCUCGCCACACCAGGUGGACUACGUCAACGCCCACGCCACGCUGACGGUGAUUGGCGACCGCGCCGAGAACCACGCUCUUUACCGCUUGUUUGGUGACCACCAGAAGCUCUUUGUCGGCUCAAAUAAGGCGGCAAUGGGCCACUUACUAGGGGCAGCGGGGGCAGUGGAGCUGUUGUUCACGGUGAUGGCGUUGAAGCACCAGACGGUGCCGCCGACAAUCAACUGCAUCGCCCCAGGCACCCACAGCGGUGACGACAUGCUGCAGUUUGUUUUCAAUUAUCCCACCACCGCAGUACACGCCGAUAUCACCACGGCGUUGUGUAACUCGUUUGGCUUUGGCGGCGUCAACGCCUGUCUUGCGUUUCAAAAGUGGCACAAAUAG